AUGCUCGCAAGCAUCUGGGCCGUCCUCAAGGCCUACUGGGAUCUUGGCUUCACGUCCUUUGGUGGGCCGGGCGUACACGUUGUGCUUCUCCGCAAACGUUUUGUCAACAAGUUGAACUGGGUCGAUCAAGUGACGUUCCUUGACCUCUUCGCACUUGGCAACGCCCUCCCCGGCCCCGGAUCGACCCAGCUCGCAUUCUCCAUUGCCGUCGUUGCGCAGGACACGCCUACCGACGAGCGCCGCGUAUCUGCCCCCUCGGUCCCCUCGGUCCAAAACGAACCACCAGAAUGCGAGUCUGAAUCUGGGCACCGGCCAUCGCCUCGCUCAAUCGAGGCGGCAGCCGAGGAAACCAACCGCCUCCGCGUCGUCUCGACACCCGUUGCCAUCGCACUCCUCCUCGGCUUCGUCCUCUUCCUCACCACCCCGCUGGCCACUCGUGCCGGCCUCCAAAACGCCGACCGCACAGUCCCCCGCGCCCUUGACUUCUUCUCCAACAUGGUCGUGGCCGGAACGAUCAUCUUCGGUGGCGGACCAGUCGUCAUCCCCCUCCUCCGCGACUACGUAGUCGUAGAAGGCUGGGUCACCGACCGAGACUUUCUCCUAAUCUUCGCCAUUCUCCAAGCCUUCCCCGGCCCCAACUUCAACUUUGCCGUUGCGCUCGGAGCGUUGGCAGUUGGGCAUAAUAGGGGAUUGGGCGCGUUUUUGGGAUACGUCGGCAUUUUUGGUCCUGGGAUUUUGCUCAAGCUCGCCCUGCUUCCGUUGUAUGCUAAUUGGAGGGAGAGGGCCGUGGCAAGGAGUGUUAUUCGCGGUCUUAAUGCGGCGGCGAGUGGGUUGGUGUUUACCGCCGUGUGGCAGCUGUUCUUGGUCGGGUACGUUUACGUCGCGGCCGAUGGAGAAAGCAGGCAGGCUGUGAGUGGGCCAUUGACCGCCGACCCGUUCUGGGCCGUCGUGGCAACAGGCUCCUUCUUGGCUUGUAGGAAUUACAAAGCGCCCCCUUGGCUUGCCGUGGGCGGUGGGGCGGUCGCGGGUCUGUGCUGGUACGGCGUGCAUGUAAAGAACCAUGGGUGA